GUUUAUUGAUUUGCAAUUGUUGACGGAGAUUGAACACUUUUCAGUUUUCACAAACAAAAAGACUCGAGAUAAUAAGUUCCAAAAGUAGCGUUAAUGGCGACUGCUUCUCCUUGCGCUGCGGUGCUUGCUCAGGCAAUAUGCUCGCUUUCCCCAACCUUUCCGCGAUGUUCCCCAUUUCUAUACCCAACUCCAAUCACUAGCAGCAGCUCCGGUUUUGUUUCUCCGAACUCCGUCGCGCUGAGGGCCAAGAAGCAAAGAUCCCUACCCCUGAGUUCGCUUUUCCACAACCCUAAGACUCGAAAGUCUCGUUCCGCUCCGACUGUCGUCGCUGCUCAGUCUAAUUUCUUGAGAGUUAUCCAAACCGUGUGGAAGGUUGGUAAGGAUGGCGUCGAUGCAGGAAUCGGCCUUGUGCCUGUCUCCAUUCCCAGGCCUAUUGCCAGAGUUUCUGUGACCGUUGCUUUGCUCACUGUUUCUUUCAUUGUGCUCAAGUCAUUCUUGUCUACAGCGUUCUUUGCCCUGGCUACGAUGGGGCUGGUUUAUUUCCUGUUCAUUGCCUUCAACAAAGAAGAAGGUCCCAAAGGAGGCACAAAUUCAGAUGCUUCUACUUUUUCAUCAGAGGACGAAGCGUUAGAGGAAGCUAGAAGAAUAAUGGAGAAGUACAAGAAAUAGUGCAGAUGCAAGCAUAGCAGCAACGAAUACAUGUUUCUCAUUCUCCCGUAUCGGUGUCAUUGAAGGAGAAGCUGAACUGUCUGUUAGAAGGCAAAGUAUAUGCUGAAAAUUCUGGCCUUGUGUUCAACACGAGUUUCAUAAUCAGCCGAGAAGCUCAAAAACCUGAAAGGCUCCUUCUUGGUAUCAGAUCAGGUGUAAUUAUAGAUUUGGUGCUCGUUAAAUAGGUUUUUGUCACCUGUUCCACUCCUAAUGCUUGGCAUUUGGUAUUCCUUACAUCUUGAAACUAGUAAUGCAAGUGCUUCUGCAGAUUUGGGUCAAUGCCUGACCUUAAAAUACAUUACCUAUUACUUC